GAAUUAAAUGAUAUUGUUCCUGAUUCUCAACCCAUGGGCAGGAAUGAAAAACCUUUAUUACCUGGUCUUCUGGAAAAUACCACUGCUGAAAUUAAAUCCCAGAAAAAGCAAUCAUGUUGGGUACCUGAGAAGUUAAUAUCACACUGUAACAGGCAGAAUAUGAGUACAUCAGGAAUUUCUAAUCUAUCUGAGAGAGCAGCCAAACAAAGAGCUUUUUCUUCAAUAUUCGAAAUUACUUCUCCAACGUUAAGAAAUGAUCAGUGUUGCAAUGGAGAAAUUGUGGAGCAGAAGCAAAAUGAAACCAAUAAGCUACCAGUGAAAAAUGGCAAGACAAACAGUCCAGAGUCAUGGAACAAUUUUAAGCAUUUGGAAGAAGAAGUAUCAAAAAGUAGCUCAAAGAUUGUUCCUAGUAAAUCUCAGAUAUCACUUAAUGUGGGCAGAAAAACCAGAAGUUCAGUAGUAAAUUCAGAAUUAAUUGAAACUAAUGAUGAAGUUGGUGUUGAUGCUUGUUCCUUUGGGAAGGAAACUGCCAAUAAGAAAGCUGAACAGAGAGCAAAAUCAAAAGCAAUGGUUGAAGCAACAGACAUGUUAAUCAGUAAAAUCAGUGACAGAUACAAACUAAGUGAGGGUGCAAAAAGUACAAGAAAAUUGUGCCAGUCAUUUUCUCACAGAAGAGCAUCUUUAAAUAAAUCUGGUUUCAGUCUCAGUAAGAAAAAAAGUCAGAACAGAGGUUCUAAAAACCUGAAAUCUGAAACUGUGCUUAACAUCACUACUGGACACCUGAUGGAUGAUGUCUACAAUUUUAACCUCAGUGGAUUCGAUGAGCCUACAAUAAAGCUUGGAAUCCAAGAAUUUCAUGUUACUAAAUUUAAAGCUACCACAAGUCUUUCCAAGAAAAUAAAUCAUGAAGACGAAGAAAAAAGUAGAACCCAAAAGAAACAAGAUAAAAAGGAUGGAACAAAUAAAAACAGGAAACAUCUUUUUAGUGACACAGACACAGAAUACAGAGGUGAUGACACUAAGACAGAUAUUAGCUGGCUACGAGAAUCAAGUGGAAAACCUAAACCUCAGUUGGUAGAUUACAGUAGAACCAAAAACCAGACAAAAUCUAAAACCCAUGAAACAAAUAAAUCCCCUGUGUCAACAAGCAUUAAAAAAGUGUCUCAACAAAAGAGAAGCAAAAGUUAUAAGAGUGAAAACGAUGCAGCCAAAAAUCCACCACCAACUAGAUUACGGCAACCUAGAAGAGCAGCAAAAGUCAAAAAGAGUUAUAAAGAACUCUCAGAUUCAGAGACCGAAAGUGACGAGGCAUCUUCAAUACGCUUAAUUAAAAAAGACUUGGUUAAAGGACAUCUAGAAAACAGAAAUAUCGACAACAAAGAUGUGAAUCUGCUGAAGUUUAAGCAGUGUGUCAUUUCCAGAGGGGCAACAAAAGGACAAUCUGUUAAGCAGCCAAAAAAAAAUUCAAUUAAAUCAAACAAUGGCUUGCCCAAAAGUGAAACAGAAUUAUCACCAAUGCCUUCAUCUGAAAGCCCCGGUUCUGUAGAGAUAAUGAGAUGUUCUGAAAAGGCUGCCGAUGAAGAAUCUGCUCAAGAAUGUGUUUCAGUGAGAAGAUCGCCUUCAUUGUCCUUUCUUCAAGAGCUCACACCCGAAAAAGAAGGAGCAUUUUGCAGUAUUAAAGAAAUCACUACUUUACUUAAUACAAAUAAAGAGAGUGCACAGUUGAACCAGCUCCUUGAAAAGGGCAAAAAAUCGGUGUCUGAAAAUGAAGACCUGUCACCUGCUUUAAGCCCACUGUCUUUGCCAAAACUUACUCCUUUAACUACAAGCAAAAAUUUUUCCACUGCCCAAGAUGAAGAGGCUGUUGAGUCUGAAGAUAAGAUUUCUAGCAAUGAUGAAACAAUAAGCAUAAAAAAUGAUCUACCAUUAGGUAGAUCGUCUGAUACAGAAUUGAAAGAGUUUUCUGAAAGCUUCACCAACAGUAGAAGACAGAGCUAUGCAUCUCCACCUCGGUUAUCCACACCUAACAGUAGCAGAGAAAAACAGUGGCAAAAGGAACCUCUUGCUCAGUUGCAUAAAUCUGGAGCUACGAUAUGUCCUAAUUCCAAGCGAUUGUACCAGGAUGAUUCUGAAAGUGGUUCUGACGAAGUGGAAAUCAGGAGGGAAGAAGAAAGGAAAACCAAGCUGCUCCCUAGAAAACUGUUUAAAGUAGAUGACAGUGCUUGCAAAGUUUCUGAAAGCAUAUCUACCCUAUCCAUUAAUGACACAAGUGUGUUUGAUGGAGAAGGAUGGGAUGCUGAUAGUUCGAGUACGGGGUUGAUUUGUCAGAAGCUUCAUAAGGAAUUUGCCAGGAAAAUUCAGAGCCGUUCAAACAGAAUGGACAGUUUCACAAAGCAGUCAUUGAAGUCAGCUCAUCAACACAUGAACACAAUGAGUAGUGAGUUGCACCAACACAGGUCCAAGCAGCUGGAACAAUUUCAUUCCCGCCUCGUUGAUGAGCUUGAAAGUUUUGAAAGAGACGCACAAACUUUGAAGAAUGUGGAAAAAGAAUUUUCGAGUUUUUCAAAGAAGCACACUCAGACUUUCAGCACUUACAGCAAAAAUGAACAACAGAGGCUUCAGGCUCUUAAAACUUCUUUUGAAAAGAAUGUUUGCCAUGCUGCUGACCGUGAAGAAAAUAUUUUUAGUUCUGAGAUGCACCUAAUGAAAGAAGACAUGAAGGCACUACAAGAAAAGCUUCUUAAAGAAAUGCAAGAUGAAGAAUUGCUUAACAUUCGCAAAGGGCUGCAGUCACUUUUUAUGAUAGAAGAGAGGAAGUUCUAACUUAGUAAAUGUCACACAUACAAAGAAAGAAGAGAAUUCAGGUCUUCCUACUGCAUUUCUGAAAUGUGUGACCCUUAAUUUUGGUAAUGUGACAAACCUCAGUUGAUUUUUAAUAGCAAGAAUUUUCAAGAAAAUUAUCUUCAUUACAACUGUAAUUUGUGUAGAUAAAAUAGAUGCUUUCAUUUUGCUAGGAUGUAAUAUGUAAAUGCAGUUUUUAGAAGAACUCCAGUAAAUUACUAUUUCUAGAACAUUUGCCCUGAUUCAGCUAAAAUUGCAACUAACUUGGUCCAUUGGUUUCAAUAGGCUUUACACAAACUAACUUUAAGUGACUUGGGACUAAUUCUUUGAAGUGUGUGAACUGAACUUGUUUAUUAAAAUAAAACCUCUUGCUGGUCAAAUGAAAGGAGCAGAUGUUUUAAGUCUUUGAAUAUGUUCAUAGUCCAAACAUUGAAAAUUACAAGAGUCACAUUAGAGGUGCUCUGAUGCUAAUUAUAACUAGAAAUUAGUUCACUAUUAAGAGCUGAUUAAAUGGCAUUUCUGCAAGUAGCUAGUAAUUUCUUAUAGUCCAAAAAACAUUUCUGUGUUCUUUUGCCUCUAUUGGGAAUGUAUAUUAAGAUAACAAAAAUGUAUGUUUAAAAUAAUUAAAGUAUUUGUACAAAAGAA